GCUAGUAGUUAGUAGUUGGCAGUUAGUAGUUGGCAGUUAGUAGUAGCAUGUUGUCAUCCCCAUCCCAUACUACAGAGUGUGUACGCGUAGUAUCGAGAUGGUCAACGACGUCGUAGUCGUCGUAGCUGUACUACUCCAAGCUUCUUUUAGACAUCUUCAUGCGUCGCACGCAAGGGACCGGUUCUUCACUUGCAUAACGCAUACCGAGCUUGGAUAAUUUGGCAGGCGGCGUAUAUACCGUCCGCCCAUCCACAGCACACCGCAACCACCUCGCAUCCACCACAGCCUCAUCGGAGCCCCCGCCAGCCGCCACUACUCCAAUACCCACGCCAACCAGCCUGACAGGCAGCCCCGGCCCCAGCUGCGCCGCAAGUGUCCCAACCACCGCCCCUUAAACGUUUCAUUUCCUUAGACAUGAUCCUUUGACUGCGUGCGUUUAUGGCGUCAAGGUGCAGAGGUUGCAGCCAGUCAGAGGGGGGAGACUGGGACUAGGGCGUGCAGGUCUUGUCAUGCUCGGAAAUGAGCUUUUUGUACGGGGCCGAGAGAGGCAUGUGAGAGUACAGUCCACUCUCGCCAAGACGAUGUCGGAUAAGUCGAUAACACCGCUAAGUCGAUAUUUUUUUCAGCACCAAUUGAUUUUCGCACUCAAUUCUCGAUAUUCGCGAUAUUGACCUUCUGACCUUUAAUUAUCGACUUAUCCAACUCUAUUAUGCCUCGAAAGAACACGAUUACACUCGAACAGCGCCGUGCCCUUCGACAUUGGGCACACAAACAGCACCCGAAACCCUCCCAGAAAGCCUGCAUCAACUGGUUCCUUCACGAAUUCAAUCAUCGGCUCAGUCAAUUGACUAUAUCAGAUAGCCUCAGUGACCGCUUUAAACAUCUCGACAACUCGACAACAACUGGACAACGAAAUCGAACUGGCCAAUGGCCUCAACUUGAACAAAUUCUCUACGACUUUCAGCGACGAAUUGAUAGCCGCAGUGGCUUUACAUCUGGUGAUAUACUUCAAGAAAAGGCGAGGGAGAUCUGGAGAAGGCUUCCACAGUAUGCAGAUCAGCAAGUUCCCGACUUUAGCUCUGGCUGGCUUACACGAUUUAAAUCACGACAUAAUAUUAAGAUACAUACACGUCACGGCGAAGCAGGAUCUAUCCCGGAAUUAGUUGAAGAAGAGAUGAAAGGGCUCCGGACAAUUGCUAGCGAGUUUGAGGAGGAGAAUAUCUAUAAUAUGGACGAAACUAGGCUCUACUGGAAGAUGAUGCCAUCUCGAGGACUAGCAUCGCAAUCAUUACCUGGAUUAAAGAAGGAAAAAGCUCGAAUUACACUUACUCUUUGUACAAAUGCUUCUGAAUCUGACCGGCUCUGGAUUAUCGGCAAAGCAAAAACACCUCGAUCUUUACGCAAUAUUAAUAUAUCUACAAUGGGAGCUGAGUGGAGGUGGAAUAAAAAGGCUUGGAUGAAUUCAACAAUUAUGAUUGACUGGCUUCAAGCAUUUUAUCAACAUAUUGGCUUUACUCGACAAGUCCUUCUUACAAUGGACAACUUUUCUGCACACAUAUCUGGUGUUGAGCUUUGUCCCCCACCUCCUAAUAUUCGGAUCUGUUGGCUUCCAGCUAAUAGUACUAGUCGAUUCCAGCCUCUUGAUCAAGGCAUUAUUCAAUCUCUUAAAGCUUAUUACCGUCGACAAUGGCUCUGUUUUAUGCUUGAAUGUUAUAAUUUGAAUCUGGAUCCGAUUAAGCAAGCAAGCUUACGACUUUCAAUUCGCUGGAUCUUACGAAGCUGGAAUCAACAAGUUUUACAAUCAACUAUAUACAAUUGCUUUCGAAAAUCAACACUUCUUACAACUCUAAUCACUCUUCCAACCUCAAUUACACCGACAGACCUUUCACAACUAUACGAACAAGUUAUUCAAGCUGGCAAUAUACAUGAUUCAAUGGCUAUUUCGAACUUUUAAAUCCUAUCGACGAGCAAAUCAACAAUACAGAAGUUACAACAGAUGAGGAGGGUAUACUACAGGAGAUUUUGGAUGAGCAUCUUAGUGAUCCUACUCAAAAUGGUGAGCAAGAAGAGGAGCCUGAGACUGAAGAGGCUGUUUAUUCAGCCUCUGAUGCUCGCAAUGCCCUUAAAGUUCUGAUUGAGUAUACGGAGUGUCAGGAUGCUCUCCAAGCCAAUCACCUCAGGGCAUUAGAGCAUUUGGAGGGCGAAAUUGAGGUAAUUCAACUUAAUUCCUUGGUUCAGGAGACAUUGGAUAGGUGGAUUACAUAAUACUUGG